AUGUCUAACACAGUAAAUGGAGGAAGUCACAGCUCCACUGAGUCUUUAAAUGGCGAGUGUAAACAUUCUAAACCGCGCUUUCGAGGAGAUUUUGUCUUUUGUUAUCGCUUCGUUAAAUAAUAUUAGCAGCUUAACUCUCGCUCAUGUCCGCUGUCUUUUCUUCUUUCGUACAGGGUCGUGGGUGAAAUUAGACGGUUCGUUUAGAAACGGCAAUGGAGCUCAACAUUCUCCAGUGAUUUCCGAGGACGGUGCUGUGGAAGAUCUACUUGCCGAAGCUGUCGAGGAGCAAUCGAAGCAAGGAUCAAGGUAACUGAUUACAAAGCGCUGGGAUGUGGUUUGAAAACUGUUGAUUGUAUUUCUAAGCGGAUGUUGAUUUAAAGAAUACUUUUGUUAAUAACGAUAUGACUAACGUUUCUCUUUUUCAUUAAAAGCGGUGAGAAAAGUCCAUUUGGUUCACCGCGAGGCGAAGAAUGUGCACAAGGACUUCUAAGAACAGUGAGUAAGCCUUUGUUUGUCGCAUACUAGAUUUUUCAUGUCGCGCGAUGUAAGCUUAGGCUUAAGCUUAUAUUUGAAAACGCUUUGCCGUAUAAAAGACCAAUUUAUUUACUUAAAGUCCUCACUAAAAUUGUUCUGUGAUUAAUGGAUUAAAGCCAUCUUUGACAGCAAUAUAAAUGUAUGGAAAGAGGGGAUAUUAGUUGCGUGUGUAAUGAUCCUCUGCAUUGUCGGCCUAUAAAAAGUAUGCACGAAAAUAUUACACGUUACUUGAAUGGCACUCAAAGGCCUUCUGAUAUGAUCUCUCGUAAAUUAUCUUGGAGUUGUGUAUUCGGAUUUCGAUUGAUUGAACUGAGAUUUUUUUUUAAGGUUUUUAAAUUUCAUUGCAUGGGAUAGAAACGGGAUUGGCGGAGGGUCGCCGUGUGGGCCGGGGUACAGUACAUCAAAAACCAGGUUCGUCAGUCACCCCAGCUUAGCUGAAAUUGUUACAUGGAAUCCGGAGCAGUUGGACCAAACCUUUAGAAAUAUGUUUUACAGCCCUGCCAUAUCAUAAUUGGCAGUAAAGAACUUGCAUGUCAUAUUUUGUUCAUGUGCUUGCUGUAAAUAUUGGGUCUGCUUUGUUUAAAAGUCAAUAAAAUGAUUCAGUGGUGAAUUAUGACAUUUUUUUUCUUCAAAGGCCCUUUGUUAGGUCACUCUUUUAAGUUAUGACCCAGUUUUGGAUAAAGCAGUUCUCUUAAGGUUAUUGAACCUUGACCCUUUUACUGAACAGUAAGAGCACAAAAAAAAUACCCAACUGUCCCCAUGACCAAGUGUUAGGUGUGAUAAAAAUUGAAGACCCCAGACGGGUUUCUGAAAGCCUGAUUAGCUGAUCCAGGAAUAACACUUUUAAUUUAUUCACCAUUUUCACAUACAUCAGGCUAUAACACCUUGUUUACCCUCCCCCCCCCCCAAAAAAAAAAAAAAAAAAAAAAAAAUAUAUAAAAAAUAAAGAAUAUUUUUUUAUAGAAUGAUAUUAAGAAUAAUAUUUUUUGUAUAUUUUAUUUUAAUAAAAAAAUUUAUUUAGUUCUUUUUUAAAAUGUUAGAUCUUGUUUUUUCUCUUUAACAAAAAAUAAAUGAAAAAAAAAAAAAUUCUACCGUCCCCAAGACAAAGGGUUGGGGUUGAAAAAAAUUGAAGACCCCAGACGGGUUUUUUAAAGCCUUAUUUGCUUUUCCAAGAAUAACCCUUUUUAUUUUUUCCCCAUUUUUCAAUAAUUCAGGUUAUAACACCUUUUUUUCCCUCCCCCCCCCCCCCAAAAAAAAAACGAAAAAAAAAUUGUAUAACCAUUAAUGUCUGAUUUCUCUGGGGAUAACUGUAAGAACAAUGGUUAUGCAAAAUUUUGCAGAGUAAACAAGAUGCAUUAUGGCCUAUGUGAAAAUGGUGAAUGUGAGAUUGUAUUUGCUUUACUAUGCAUUAACACUUUUAAUAUUGUGUGGUGCUCAACUGGAUCUUGGAGUUGAGGAUCAUAAAUAUUUUUAUUUCAGCUCCAUGCCUGUUUGGCAAGUUUAAAACAAGAUCAUUUGCUUAAAAUUUAGCUUAACCCUUGCGAUAAAAAUAACCAUCUUUUGAGGAACUGUUCCUUCACCUUCAAUGACUACCUGGCAUGGAAUGUUCCCCUUUCAAGGCAGAGAGGGUAUUAGAACCAUUACUUUGUUAUACCCUCUACAGGUGCAUGAACAUUGACCUGGCCACUGAGGCAUGUAACUGGUCUUACUCUCCUAACAGCGCAAUAUGCUAUUUGAUUUGUCAUGCAAAGAUGCUCCCAAAUGUGUAGUAAAAUCUUUCAACACCUUCCAAUUCCUAGCAUUUUUUAUCCUUACAAUAUCAUUUUUUAUAUAUAUUCCAGGCUGAUCAAGUUCUUCCUCAGGAACAAAACACUGAUUGGAUCUGGGAGUGGUCCAGUCGAAUUGAGGUUCAACCUCAAAAGUAAGAACUUUACAUUGCAUCUCAUUGUACAUCAGUUGAGAUACUAAGGGCAUUUUCCAUUUACCAGAACUGAUUGGCCAGUCUAUUCCUGCCAUAAUGGGAAUUUCACUUUUAAUCAAAACUAUCUAGCUAGAUCAGUCAAAUCCUUAAUAGUAUGCACAAAGUGGAUGCAUGGUUUUUCAGCAAAAACGCUGGGAAAAAGCCGAUUUCAUUUGCUAAUGGACUGGUCCGGCUAGCGAAUUCUGAUGGAUGGAAAGCAACCUGAGAAAUACUGUAAGAUUAUAUGCCUCAGUGUUAAUUUCUUGCUUUUAAUAAUUUUAUUGUAUUUUAAUUGGAAGUCAGUAUAUUAUUAUUACUUUAUAUUAAAAUAAUAAAAUAUUACUGUCUCCCAAUAAUAUUUAAGUCAGAGAUGUCUUUAAGUAACCCGUAACACCUGUAACAGCUGAGCUCAUACGAUAUUAUGAGUGGAAAAGUUAUAAAGUGGAAAGUUAAAGAUGUCCACACUACUAUUUUUUUUUUUUUGGUGAGAUGUUAUGGGUGAAUCUUCAGUUGCUACAGCUGCUUCAAGAAGUAAUGACUGAGCCCUGACAAUGAAAUUAAAGUUCAUAGUAAAGUUUUAUUAGUUAUAAUGACUGCAUUUAUUUCAUCAUAUGGCUUUGAGGAAUGAUUGUUAUUAUUGAAAACUAAAUAGGGAAUGGAAGAUGCAACAUCCAAGAAAAAAAUCCAAACCGCGUGGCACCCCUCUCAGCAUCAGAGGCACAAAGGUUAUGAAAAGGUACCAGUAAUUUUUACAAAACUAAGUGUUGCAAUAUAACACUACAUGAGAAAUUUCUGCAAAUUGAUUGGCUUAGAGCAGUGGUUUUUCGGCUUAACUUGAAAUACCUACAUGUGAAAAUUACAAACCUUUGUGGGUUGUAGUAUAAACAAAUAAUAGCAUGAUUUGUAUGUGAUAUUUGGCAAAAAUACCAGCCGUGAUGUUUCAAAAUUGUCUCAAAUUUCAUAUAACAAUUUCGGAAUAUCACUCGUGGUAUUUAUGCCAAAUAUGACUACAAAUCAUGGUAUUACCUGUGCUAAUUAUUGUAAUAUAAUUAUUAUGUGCAGCAUGAGAAAAAAACAAGCUGUGAUUUAUUUAUUUGUGUUAUGUACCUAUUAAUUUUUUUGUAGCAGCACUGAGCUAAUGAACAUCAAUUUCUACAUUGUUGUACCUGCUCUUGUGGUAUCACAUCUCAUUGCCUUUGGAAUUGGGUAAGUUAUGUGUAACUUCAUUUUCUGUUCUGGUCGUAGCACCGUUAAGGCGGUAAUUGUCUGGCAGAUUUGUUGAUAGCCCACAAGUGGUAUUUUUGUAGCUCUCUUUGUAUAACUUAUAAUAUUGUAGGUGACGAAUUACUCCUUAAUUUUGGGGCCAAAUUUCAGCAUUAAUUUGUAAUUUCACAUGUGAAAUUACCAAAUUGCCAUGGCAACCCUUCCGUCCGUCUCAGUGUCAAGAUGGUGACAAAGUUUUAAAAUGCAGUGAAUGAAGAUGUCAGGGCACAAAAUACGCUUUACAAAACCUGAACACACAAGAGAACAUCAAGAAGGAUUCUAACAGGUAUUUUGCCGAAAAAGUUUGAAAAAUUCUCAACUUUAUAAGCCAAAUUUAAGGUCUAAACAUUUGAGAGAGUGGAGUUCUCGAUCGAUACGAUCCAGGAUAAACAUGUCAAAGAUCCAAGAUUGCUAACGUACUUCGUCACCCAUGAUAUUAAUAGGUAAUCAAAUGGUAUACUCGUGAAAUUAUUCCCUAAUUUCACUCGUCACCAUUUGAUUACACAUACUAAUUAUAUGCCUACUUGGUCUAAAACAAUAGCUACACUUGUAAAUUACACUUGUAAAAGUUUAAUUAGCAUAUUGAACCAGGCAUAAAUCUCCUGAUUCCCUGUACAUCUACACUGUGUAUGUAUACUGGUCACCACUUAAUUAAUGACCACAAUUUGUUUCAUUAUUUGUUUCGCAGAGUUUACGUUGGACGGCGCAUGGUUCAAGUUGAUCUAUGA